UUGCUGAGUGACUGCAGCUGUGAGUGAGUAAAUGAGCUGUGGGCAGGUGCAUGAAAAGAGCAGAGUGAGCUCUGCACAGCAUGAGUGACCACACCAGACCAGUCCUGUAAUCCUCAUCAUCCACAGCUCAAGAAUGGCUGCAAAGAAAGUUCUCAUCGUGUAUGCCCACCAGAGUGCCGGCUCAUUCAACGCUGCAGCCAAAGAUGCUGCAGUUGAAGUUUUAACUGCUCAGGGCUGCACUGUUGAAGUUUCUGACCUGUAUGCUUUGAAGUUUAAAGCCACUGCCACUGCAGAGGAUAUCGUCGGAGAGGUCAAGAAUGCAGAUCACUUCAGAUAUGCAGAGGAGACCAAGCUGGCAUGGGAGGCUGGAAAACUGUCUGCUGACAUCACUGAGGAGCAACGCAAGCUCACAGAGGCCGACCUCAUUAUCUUUCAGUUCCCCAUGUACUGGUUCACUGUCCCUGCCAUCAUGAAGGGCUGGAUAGACCGGGUGCUCACACUGGGCUAUGCAUACUCUCAAGAGAAGCGAUACAGCCAGGGAGUCUUCAAGGAUAAGAAGGCCAUGCUGUCCUUCACUACAGGGUCUCAGGAGUCCAUGUUCAGUGCAAAUGGCAUCAACGGAGACAUGAACGUCACACUGUGGCCUCUGCAGAAUGGCAUCCUCCACUACUGUGGCUUCCAAGUUCUGGCCCCUCAAAUCUUCUGGGCUCCCUCCCACGUUCCCACCGAAGCGCGUGCCACCAUGCUGGAGGGCUGGCGUACACGGCUGCAAGGCCUCCUGGGAGAAGAGCCGCUGUCCUUCACUCCCAUGGACUGCUUUGACGGGGAGAAGGGAUUCCAGCUGAAACCUGAGGUCUGUGAGAAACACGCAGCUAAAGAGUUUGGACUGACAGUGGGGACCCACCUGGGUAAACCGCUACCACCCAACAACCAGAUGAAGGCUGGGGUCUGAGGAUGAAGGGGGAGGGGGGUCCUUUUCAUGUCACUGUCUUUAACUGUAUGAAUAAAAAUGAGUAUUCUAACUUAA